AUCAAAGAUAACAUCAUGUCAGCACACGUUGGGCAUCAACAUAGAGCAUUGCCACCAGUGCCUUCUCCUUUCGGCAAUAAUCAAACUCCUAUUGCAGUGGGUAGAGUUAGGGUAACUAUUCGGGCUUGAUCAAUGUAUGAAAUGGCUAACAGGAAGAGGGAGGCUAAAAGAAAGAAAUCUUAUAAAUGCAGAUACAAAUCAUCGAUUGUUUUCUAAAUGUCAAAGUGAAGCGACCCUAUGUCAUUAUCACUUUAGGUGAUCAGACCUACCGAACCUCGACUUCCGAAUUCAGCGACGGAAGGUGGAACGAAUGCUUCGAGUUGGCAGUAACUUUCCACGCUCAACUCUUUGGUACAAUACAACUAGAUCUCUACGAAAGCUACAUGUUAUAUCCUGAUAAACAUAUUGGUCGAGCAGAAAUCCGUCUCAGUUCUCUGGAAAAGAAUCCAGAAACAACAUUGACCUAUUAUGAAAUCUGGCAUAGAAAGUUCUCCACUGGCGCUAGUUCCAGCUAUGGUCGAGAAAAAGCGGCUGCUCGCCAUAUCGGCAUGAUUAAAGCCAAGAUAUCCUACCGCUACAUUCGUUCUGAGGAUGAUCAAAGUUUUGGAGCGGCUGACCCUACCACGGAUACUUUGACGACGUCUACGAUGGGUUUGAACUGCAGAAAAGAAACAGCAUCUAUAACGUCUGUAGAAAAGAAAGUGGAAGCUGAAUUUAAAGAAAAGUUACAACUUCAUAGAGAAAGAAGAAAUUCUGGCUUGUAUGACGCUAUACCUUUUAAAAAAAUCGAAGAAAAACCGGGUGGUCAUCGUCAUUACCAUCUGCAGAAACAUGACGCUCUGGAUACGCUUGAUGAAAUCGACCUCAGCGAGGUAGAUGAAAAUGGCCUCUUGGCUUACAACGAGAACUGCAACAGCAUACGAAACGAACCUAAAGUUGCUUCCACCUCAAUAAACGAUCCUCUGACGAUGAACAAGUUAAGGGCGAAUUCAAAUUCUUAUCAUGGCAUUAAGCAGCAGCACAACUUCGACGGUCAGGAUCAUACCCUUCAAAGCAGAGAUACUAGCCACGCCACGGCUCUAAUAGGAGCGGAACCCAACCUACACAAGAGCUCGUCAUGGGCAAGGACUCACGAGAAGAUAGCAGCUACCGUGAAAGGAGUUAAAAUGGAUCCCGAAUCUUACAAAGCAGUCAAAACAGUAACAGAUAACUAUGAUACUGCCAACGCAACAGAAAGUGGCACUACCGAAGAAGUGGUUCACUUCAGUCAAGUCAUCAAAACCAUUUGGAAACUGUUGACCUCACUACAUCAAGGCUUUGAACUGUCAAAAAUGCAAGCCAUCAGCGGCCUUACUGUAUUAGAAAGAUUUUAUACAGAUUUGCCUAGAAAUCGAACAUGGGAUUUGGUGCAGAGUCUGUCCGAAAUCGAGAGCGGUGCCCGCUUUUGGAAGUUUGCCAUGGCAUCCUAUGGUUGGAAAGGUUUAAAUUUCAUCAAGCAAGGGAAGGGUAUCUUGACGGACGUCAUGAGAGAGCAUGCAGAUGCUAAAUCCGUCAUUGAAUACCUCGGAAUACCAAGAGAUGAUCUUUUAGCCUACGAGUUCAGAUCUGCGGCAGCGUUCAGGCCCAGUUAUUUUAUAGCAAGAGAUCGCUUUACAAAUAGUAUUGUUCUGUCUAUUCGAGGGACAAUGAGUGUUAUGGAUACUCUAACCGAUUUGGUUUGUGAAUAUGAGCCGUGGAGAGGAGGCUUUGUGCAUUCUGGAAUGAAAAAUUCUGCGAUAUGGUUUUUUAGAAAUAUCGCACCACAACUGAUAGCCUACAGCAAUGAGCACUCAACGACAGGAUUGAUUAUCGUCGGUCACAGUCUAGGAGCAGCAACAGCUGCUAUAUUGACUAUUAUUCUUAUGGAUUACAUUGACGAGUUCCGUAGAGGAAAGGAUGAGUUUAGUAUACAGUGCUAUGGCUAUGCACCUGCCUGCGGGCUCAGUUUGGAGUUAGCGAAGAAGUAUAAGGACUGCAUACAAUCUUUUGUGUUUGCAGACGAUAUGGUCAGCAAACUUAGUUAUGGAACAGUUAUGGAUAUCAAAGACUUGCUUAUUGCCAGUGCAGAAGGAGCCAAAAACAUGGGGUUGACAGAACUCAUUUGGUCUGGUGACCUUGCUGGUGAAAAAUGGAAGGCAGCUUUCAAACAAGUGGCAGAAGUUCGUAAGCACUGUUUGGCUAGCACUAAUAAUCCAAAAGUAACAAACGCCAUGUAUUCAAGCUUAAAUCUUUAGCGUACUUUUAUGAAAUGCUUAACCACAUGCUUUAUUCUCCUAGUUGUAUGUAGCAGGGAAAGUCUUCCAAUUCUGGCUAGUAAGUGUUAAAUAAUAAUCAUCCAUUGGCGACCCAGAAGCUUACUUAUGAUUCUUCAUUUGCUAAUGGUAUGAAUGGCU